AUGUCCAACUUGACCCACGCAAAGAUCGUUCCCCGUCCCUCCAAGACCAGAGGAACAGCCAACCACGGCUGGCUCGACACCAAGCACACCUUCUCCUUCGCCAGCUGGUAUGAUCCCAGAUAUGUCCAGUUCGGAUCCCUCCGCGUCUUGAACGAAGACCGAGUCCAAGCCGGUGAAGGGUUCCCAACCCACUUCCACAAGGAUGCCGAGAUCUUCUCCUACAUUCUCUCUGGCGAGCUGACUCACCGCGACUCGAUGCAAAAGAAGGGCGCAGAAGCCGAUGACAAGAACACAUUCUCGCGGCUACACCGCAACGACGUCCAAUUUACCACGGGUGGCCGGGGAAUCUCGCACAGCGAAUACAACGAACACGAUCGGGACUGGGUACAUUUUCUACAGAUUUGGGUUCUGCCCUGGAAGAGAAACUUGCCUCCCACCUACCAUACCAGAACAUUUCCCGAGGAAGACAAGCGCAAGGGCUUUGUGAACAUCAUCACUCCGUUGAAGGCGGGUCCCAAUGCCACCUUGGAGGAUGAGAAGGCUGCCGUGCCCACCAAGGAAGGCACCAUCCCUAUCCAUGCCGACGUCGUGUUCAGUGCCGGCAUCAUCCCGCCUGGUGAGACAUUCCACUACAAGGUUGGUGCUGGGGAUGUAGUGACAUCCAAAUCGGAUCGGAAAGUGUACGUCCACCUACCGGAGACGAAGGGUGGAAAAUCCAGCAUACGGUUGGACGGACGCGAAGACGCCGUCUUGAAAGAGGGGGAUGGAGCAUAUGUGACUCAUGUCAAUGCAAACGACAUGCUCCAGGUUGAAAAUGUGGGAGCGGCAGAGGCCGAGGUCGUGGUGAUUGACUCGGAGUGA